AUGGCACAACAGGCUUGGGCACAAGGGGGUGGCCUCUGGUAUCCGCCGCCACAGUCCCAGCAGCAGCAGCAGCAGCAGCAACAACAACAACAACAACAACAGCGGCAGCAGCCACGGUUGGAUGCAGGGCCGCAGUGGCAGACGAUAAAUGGCGCACCCUCUUCCGUGGGGUUUCAAUCCUCCUACCCGCCUGCGUACGCGGCAUCUCAAGCAGCAACACUCCCAAGUCAGCGGCAGACUCCCAUGUUUUCACAGCAGCAGCAUGGUCAACCACCAGCGUGGAAGAUGCCGCCGUACAUGCAGGGGUACACUGGGCAAGGCCAGUGUGACCAAACGUAUUACGGCGUACCCGGCAAUCCUGGACCUUGUGACUGCGUCGCAAACCCUGUCGCGGGUGGUGGAUUCUGUUUCUGCAACAACGGCCCAAUAGACCCGUACUGCUGUGGACCGCCGACGGCACCGGGCUGCAUGGACUGCCUUACCUCCAACUGUGACUACACGUAUUGCUGUAUGAUUUUCUUUACUUUAUUGAGCAUUUCAGCCUUCAUCGUGGUAGUAUCAUUGGGAGGAAAAAACGACCUGUUCACAACAUUUGGUGCUACAAACACCGUUGUUCUACAGAGUUUAAUAGAAGAUCUUACUGCUUACAGGCCCAACUGUACCUUCAACAACGUGCUUGGUCUCUCUGGCAAUCUCUGCAUGGAAAACACUCUCAAUGCAAACGUGUUUGUCGUUCAGCUUAGCGCGUGGAACAUGCAGUGUUAUACCCUGUACUUCCUCGCCAUGAUUUUCUCCAUAUUUACGCUCGCCUACGCCAGCAUCGUGGAUUUCCAGCGUCGGAAGCUUGUACGCCAGGCGGACUUUCCCCUCCAGCCUCAGCCACAAAGGCUGGACCCCAAGCGAGAAGGUCGGCAUGAAGAGAGGCGGAGAUCUGACGCGUCUGCCCGCGAGUCUGGGCGGGGAUCAUCUGCGCACGAUCAGCAGCAGCAGCAGCAACAACAACAACAACAACAGCAGCAACAACAACAACAACAACUGCAGCUCACAGCACCGCCUAUUAUGCCCAUCGUCAAAGCGCCCAUUCAGGUUUACGGCACACCCUUCUACGAAUUCAUGCGCAUUGCGUGGUUUGUGAUGGGUGUGGCAGUGCUAUUUUGGGUGUGUAACCUCUUGUCCUCCUUCUGGGCCUUUUAUUUUUUUUACCGCGAUUCCACAUAUGGAGAACUGCGAGAUUUUUUUGACUCAUACAAUACUCGUUUUACUGCUUCUGUCAUAUGCGUCACGGUUUAUCUCGCCUGGCCCCUCGUAAACAUCUUUGUGGAGCUGGUUCUGUGGAUUGUACUUUUUCUGCCGUGGCUCCUCAUCCGCACGACGUGCAAACCCGGCAUUGGAAACAUGCGCCCAGCACUUCCCCUCGAUCAGAUGCCCGGGUGGAUUCGCUGCGACAUGUUUUUCAUGGACUUCAAUGACGUGAAACGCGUUGGAUUCUCGGAGCCAGCGUGGAGCAUCAUGACGGGCAGCACCGAGCCUUUGAUUGACGUCUGCGAGGACCCUGCCGUUGACCGCGACCCCACAAUGUCAGCCUGGCAUCAGUACCAGUACGAGUGGUACAUGCGGAUGCAGGGUGCCUACCCGGUAGGUUCCAUGCCGAGAAUGGGCCAGCAGUUCCCGCAGCCUGGCCCGGUUGCGGUAGAGAUGCGUGAGGGCGGCUCGGGGUCCCACAGGCGCCACAGUAGCAGCAGCAGCAUGCGACACCGCCGUCAUCAUCGCCGCGGAAGUGACGCCAGUGGGGCGAUGGUUGCCGACCCCACCAGCCCGGAGGGGGAUGUCGCGGGGGCCACGGCGGCAGGAGCGGUGAGGAGCAGGAUUUCACCACAGAUGGCUGAGGCGCAAGCGGAGGACGCUGGGGAAAGCACACCGCGGCGGCAUAAGCACAAUCGCAGCGGCCAUCAUCAUAGGUCGCACGAGCACCGCAGCAGAUCCGCUAGGCGCGACGAGGACGGCGGGGAAACCAACGGGGGGGUGGAGGGUGGUCGCGAGCGACGCCACCGUGGGAGGAGCAGUAGCCGCCAUCGCGGCCGUCGUGAGGGCAACCAAUCCCAGGAUGUCAAUGGGACGACCUCGGAGCGGAAUAACCGCAGCCCAAGGACUGACCUGGACCGCAUGCUGGAUGAGCUUUAG